AUGGUGAUAUCAUUUAUUGCAGGUUUUAUACUUGAAGAGAAUGCAUUUUUUAGAUUCUCAUUUGAAUCGUUCUGUUAUAAAACAUCACUGAUCUUAGAAAGUAUUGCAAUAUUACCACAAUUAGUAAUGAUACAAGAAUCAGGAGAGUGUGAGAUAUUACAUUUUAAUUACAUAGCAUUUUUAGGAAUGUAUAGACUGCUUUAUUUGAUUUACUUCAUAUGUUACUUAAGUUGUUAUUACUAUGUGCCUCGUAUCAUAUUAAUAACCUCUAUAAUACAGACUCUGUUAUAUGCGGAUUUCUUUUACAUUUUAUUUAAGUAUAUUUUGAGUGAUAAAGAUAGAGGAAUAAACUUAGAAAAGGAUAGUGAUAAUAUCAAUGGAAAUAGUAAUAUUCUAAAAGAUAUAUUCUCUUAUUCGUUUAUUAAACGUAAGACAAGAUUGAAUAUUUAA